UCCUCCAGCCUGACUCUCCAGAGCCCAGCCGGGCGGACAGGAUCCGGGCGGAGGAGGACUGGGCCGGGGACGAGGACGGUGAGCGGCCCCGGACCCCACUCGGGGCCCCGGAGGACUCGGCUCCCAGCCCCACGGUGGGGAUGGACUGACACGCCAGCACGCCCGGGCCCCCAAGGCUCCACAGCUCUGCCUUCCUGCCUUUGGCUACCAGCCUCUGGGUCCAACCCGAGCGGCCGCCCCGCCGGACCAUGGGGCCACCCGCGCCAUCCCCUCCGCCACGGCUCCCGCCGCCCCUGUUGCUGCUGCUGCUCCUCCUCCUCUCCCCGGGCCCCCGGGCGCAGGCCUGCCCGGCCGGCUGCCAGUGCAACCAGCCGCAGACCGUCUUCUGCAUCGCCCGCAAGGGCGCCACGGUGCCGGAUGACGUGCCCCCGGACACGGCCGGCCUGUACGUCUUCGAGAACGGCAUCACGGCCCUGGCGCCGGGCAGCUUCACCGGCCUCUCGGCCCUGCAGCUGCUAGACCUGUCCCAGAACAAGAUCGCCGAGCUCGAGGACGGGGUCUUUCAGCCGCUGGCCAACCUCAGCAACCUGGACCUGUCUGCCAACCGGCUGCAGGAGAUCACCAACGGGACCUUCCGGGGGCUCAGGCUGCUGGAGCGGCUCUACCUGGACCGCAAUCGCCUCCGCCACAUCCACCCCGAGGCCUUCGACACGCUCGAGAGCCUCCUGGAGCUCAAGCUGCAGGACAACCAGCUGCGGACCCUGCCCGCCCUGCGCCUGCCCCGCCUUCUGCUGCUGGACCUCAGCCACAACCGCAUCGCGGCCCUGGAGCCCGCGGCCACCUUCGGGCUGGGCAACGUCGAGUCGCUGAAGCUGGCGGGCCUGGGCCUGAGCCGGCUGGACGAGGAGCUGUUCCGGGGCCUGCACAACCUGCACGAGCUCAACGUUUCCGAUAACCGGCUGGAGCGGGUGCCCCCGGUCCUGCGCGAGCUGCGGGGCCUCACCCGCCUCAGCCUGGCGGGCAACACCCGCGUCACCCAGCUGCUGCCCGGGGACCUGGACGGGCUGGUCAACCUGCAGGAGCUGGACCUCAGCAACCUGAGCCUGCAGGGCCUCCCCCGGGACUUCUUCGGCCUCUUCCCCCGCCUCCGGGUGGUCUCGGCCGCCCGCAACCCUUUCAACUGCGUGUGCCAGCUGAGCUGGUUCGGCCAGUGGGCGCACGACGGCCGGGUCCAGCUGCGCCAUCCCGAGGAGACGCGCUGCCACUUCCCCCCGAAGAACGCCGGCAAGCUCCUGCAGCACCUGGACUACGCCGACUUCGGCUGCCCGGCCACCACCGCCGCCCCGGCUACGGCCCCACCGCCCCGGCCCGCCACCCUCCAGCCGGCCCGGCCUCCCACCAGCCGGCCCCCGGCAGAACCCGGCACCCAGGCCGCCACCCUGCCGCCCCGGAUGCCCGGCCCCACCCUGCCGCCGACCACCGCCCCGGCCGGUGACCCCGGCCCCUGGCCGCCGCCGUGCCCGCCCCACACCUGCCUCAACGGGGGCACGUGCCAGGUGAAUGCCCAGCACCACCUGGAGUGCCUGUGCCCCGACGGCUUUUCGGGCCUGUACUGCGAGGGCGGGCGACCUACCCUCCCUGGGCCCACCCAGACCAUGGCCCGUCCGCCCCGGCUCAGCGUCCAGGGGGUGAGCCCCACCUCUCUGCGGGUGGGGCUGCAGAGCUACGUCCGGACCAAAGCCCAACUCAAGGGCAUCCGGCUGACCUACCGCAACCUGUCGGGCCCGGACAAGCGGCCCGUGACCCUCAGCCUGCCCGCCUCGCUCGCCGAGUACACCGUGACGCAGCUGCGCCCCAACGCCACCUACUCCAUCUGCGUCGGGCCCCUCGGGGGCCGUUCCCCAGAGGAGGCCUGCGGGGAGGCCCGCACCGCGCCGCCCUCCCAGUCCAGCCAUGCUCCCGUCACGCAGACCAAGGAGGGGGACCUGCCACUCAUGAUCGUGCCCGCCCUGGCCGCCCUGCUCCUGGGCGCGCUGGCUGCAGCUGGCACCGCCUACUGCCUUCGGCGGCGGGGCCGGGCCAAGGGGUGUGGUGGGUCCGGUCCAGGCCCGGAGGCCGGACCCCUCGAGCUGGAGGGAGUGAAGGCCCGGUUAGAGGACGCCGACUCACCCAGCGCUGGGGGUGGUGCCCCGCCACCCGAGGGGGGCGGGAUCCUGCCGGGGGGCUCCGAAUGCGAGGUACCACUCAUGCGCUACGCCAGCAACAACAACGGCCCCCCCGUCGCCAAGCCCUCCUACUUCUAAAUGCCGAGUCCCGGGGUGGGGGACCCGGGGCUCGGCGGUGCCCUCGGUGAGAACCCGGCCCCCACCCCAGCCCCUAACCACACAAUGUGCAAUCUCUCGAGGGGCUGAGUCCCGGGGCAAGGUCCCUCCCUGCCUCCCACCCCGACGCCCCCAGCUGUGUCUGUCGCCAGACCGAGUUCGCCGACCCCGGAGGGACAGAGAGAACCCUUGGUGAACGCUCGGUGCCCUUGGGAGGCCUCUGGGUGCCGGCAUCUCAGGAGCCUUGUCCCGAGGGGCCGCUCCCCCAGGCUGGUUCCUGGGGGAGGAGUGAAGGCGGCGCCCAGAAGGGGUGAGGGAUCCCCAGAGGGGGCUGAACCCCCAUCUCGGGGACCCUGGAAGUGAAGGAACAAAAGAAACUGGAAAGAAAGAGCUUUAAGGACUUUUUUUUUUUGAGGAAAAAUAUUUAUAUGAGAAUCUUUCCCAAUUCUUCUGGGAAAGGGCUGCUCGUCCCCAGAGGCGAGGACUUGGGUUUUGUAAGACCGAUGAUGACAUGAAGGCCUUUUGUAAAAAAAAGUAAA